CUAGACAUGCAGCGUCCUGCAUUAAGUGGGCAGGAUAGUGGUGUGGUGGAUGUCCACUUCACUCACCACCGGAGCAGGCCCCAGUCACAGGGACCGAGGAUCUCCCUUCCAGAGACUGAGAGGCAAUAUACAGGCCCAGCCCAAGAACCAGCACCGCUCCACAGCAUGGACCGCUGUUUCCCGGCUUUGUUCAG